AUGGCGGCCGAGGGCGUCACUCUCAACCAAUAUGCGAUGAACCUGACGGGGGGCGAACGUUGCGGGAAGAACCAACUCGAAGCCAUCCGCGCCGGCUUCCACGAGAUGAAUGUGCUUUUUGCCGCCAGUCUCCCAUUGAACAUGUCCGGCGAAGCGGAACAGGAAUUCUUCGGACCGGAAGCGCGGUCUUCCAAUUUCACAGAACUCAUCGAGGCGAAUCUGCAGCGCGCGAUCCAGUACGCAAAUGGUGGCGGGACGGGGACCGUAAUGCCGGACAUCCACGUGCGGUGCGACGACCCCAAUGAUUACUGCGACGUGGGAAAUAAGAGAGACGGGAAACAUGUGGCGUACAAUAUCGGAAAUGAACCGCACAUCAAUUUCUGUAGGAGAUAUUUUGGGUUGGACGGGCUCGAGGAGACGGUGGAGAAUGUAGCGGCGAACUCGACGCUAAAUAAGGACCUCAUGGCGUAUUACAAUAGAGCAACCGCAUGGGCGAGACAAAUCAUGCAUAUAUCCGACGUAGGGGAAGCGAUAGUCGAGGCAGCGUCACCACAAAGCACGACAGAAGCCGUGAACAACACCUGGACAUUGCAAGAAUACCGCACACCCAUGAACACAUCAUUUCUCGCCGGCGUCGCCAACGCGCGCCCCAACACGGACAAUCCAAAUGACGUCCAGACGCUGAAAUACGGCUUCGGAGCCACUCGCGCAAAACUCCUCGCGGGGUUGUCGACACAGGCGCCAUACGACGCGGCGAAUAACGCUGAAAACUAUGCGCUAUUCGCGCAGGCGAAGUACAUAAUGCAGAAGAAGAACUUCUACCCUUUCAUGCCGGCGAUUUCGUUCGAUGAUCAGGUGUCUCUGUUGGCGGACAACGACCUCCAGGAAGGCGAGAAGAAGAGAUAUGCGUGUUUCGACACGACGGACGUGGUGAAACGAAACCAGCGUACAAAAGCUAUCGGGGACCCCAUACCAAACUCUGCCCCGGGUUUGAGUAGGCGGCAAAUAGGAGGGUUGGACUUGGGCUGGGCGAUUGCUUUCUUAACGAUUUUAAUGAUUACAUGA